UUGAACCUCUUUUUUUGCAAAUUGUUGUGUAUAAUUCAAGGUAUCAAUGUUCGACUGGUUUUUUACAGUAAGAAACUGAUACGAAGGGUUCAGUGUCGUCUAAAGCUGCUCAAGAACAAGAGAAGUUGUAUCGUGAAGCAUUUGCGCGAGGAUGUGGCCGAGCUUCUACAAUAUGGGCAUGAACAAAGUGCAUUCGACAGGAUUGAGCAGCUAUUCAAAGAUGAAAGUAUGGUGGAAGUAUAUGAUCUGAUUCAGAAUUUGUGUGAAUAUAUAAUCAUUAAUCUUCGCUACAUCCGCAAACACAAGGACUGUCCGGAUGGUAUUAAUGAAGCAGUGUCUACUCUGAUUUUUGCAUCAGCAAGAUUUGGGGAUUUACCAGAACUUCGGUCCAUUAGGAAACUCUUUGGAGAGCGCUAUGGUCACAGUUUUACAAAGGCUGCGCUUGAAUUACUCCCCGGAAAUCAUGUGAACCAUCAGAUUAGGGAGAGUCUUUCCAUACAAAAUGUGCCAGAUGAAGUGAAGUUCAAAUUGUUAGAUGAAAUUGGUAGAGGGUUGCUGUUGCUCGAGUACAAACCCGAGUUGCAAGAGGAAUCGGUAACCAAAACUAUAGGCAAUAAGAUCUCGAGUAGUGAUGUUCAGACACAUAACGACGAAAUGCCGGUUUCUAUAAUUGAAGGGACACAGGGAAAGAUGGUAUACAUUGAUCUUUUUUCCGAGAAGCAAACAAUUUCAAAAAGCGCAUUCAAUUCUUACAAAUUUACAGCAGUCCAAAACUCGGCGCACAUUAUAGAAGAGAAACUAGUAAUGUCUUUACAGCAUAAUGACAUGGUUAAGUUUACAGUUUCAGAGUUUAUUGGUGAAACUAAUGGUGGAGGCAUGGCAGAUGAAUCGUCUUCAGAAACUUCAGUUCGACUACCAGAAGAAGUGACAUAUCUUGACGACAUAGAGGAAUUUGUGUCUCCAUUGAGCAAAGAUGGAAAUUCCCGGGAUCAAAGAUUCUUCGUGUUCAAAUCAUCUGCCGUUCCCUUGAAACCAAAAAUAGAUUAUGCAAACGAGAAUGAUCUUAAGGAAAAAAUCAUGCCUCGAAAUGAGAAGGUAUCAAAAAACGUACGGAAGACUGGGAAAGCAGGUGGGAAAAGAUUAGUUUCUAUAGAGAAUGUAAGUGUGAACGACGUUGAGUGUGCAAGAUAUUAUGGCCAGAGAUUAUCAAAAUACAAAACGAAAUCUCUUAAUCAGAGUAAGUAUCAAAAGAAGAUUUCAGUUGAAGACAAGAGUCGAAUUCAAGAAAAUGAAAAGCGCGUCGAGCAUAAAGAGAAAGAUUUGAGUUGUAGAGAAACCGCAGCCUCCGAGGUGUUUACAAUGCAUAGUCUAGAGGAAGAAACAAAUCAAUAUGGAAGAGAAACAGAGACUGAGCAACCAAAUUUAAGGGCAAUGAGUCCUACAGAAAAUGUUUUAAGGUCGAAUUAUUUCCCACUUCAGGAAAUUAAUGGAUUUUCUUCUUAUCGCCAUAUCCAUCCAAAGCUUCCAGACUAUGAUGAACUAGCAGCCAAGUUCAUUGCUCUCAAAAAGGCAAAUUUGCAAAAUAAGCAAAACCAACUGAUUUGAUCAGUAUCUUCUCUCAUCUGUUUAAGGUUUGUUUAAACAUCUCUCUCUCUCAAAUAGGAAUUCAUGGCUCAAAUUUUCUGUAAAUGGUAUCUUAUCUUUGUCAGUUAACUUCUCUGAAAUGAAAAU